AUGACGUUGAUGGAUCUCGUGGACAAGGAAGGCGUGGCGCACGAGUUACAACCCUCGUUGGGAAUGACGAACGUGUGGAUGAUGGUGUCAACCACAGAGAUCGUCGACGUUGUGCUCGCACAGCCGAGCACAGUGUUGCAGUACAUCAAACUGUAA